CCCACUGGUCAUAAACUUUACGAGGCUGCAGGUUUGCUCAGAAAUCAAGUGCAGCCUUUCAUGGAGGAAAACCCACCCGAUUGUAUCGUUUCGGAUUUUAUGUACCCGUGGACAGCCCCGAUAGCUACCCGUUUGGGGAUUCCCAGGAUUGUGUUCAACUCCUUUUGUCUUUUUGCUGUGUGCAUGAUCAGUGCGCACAACAGACAAUUACAGUCACUACCGCCGGGAUUAUGCAAUGAUCAUGAUGGUGAUAAUUCGGGUGGUCCGUUUGUGGUUUCGGGUCUUCCCGAAACAAUCACCCUCCCCCUUCGACCACCUAAGAGGAUUUCUGAACUGCUCGGAAGCUUGAUAGAGGCUGAUCAGAAGAACAGCUAUGGGCUAAUUGUGAACAACUUUAACGAUCUGGACGGUCAAGAUUACAUCAACUAUCACCAGAAAAGCACCGAUCUGAAGGUUUGGCACAUUGGUCCUGCUUCUCUCAUGUUACGAAACAUACUACCAAAAGAAGAUCUUCAUCCACAAACCAACAACGAGCAUGAUGAACUCAUAAGGACAUGGCUAGAUUCCAAGGAAUCUAAUUCUGUUGUUUACGUAAGCUUUGGCAGUCUGUGUCGUUUCGAUGACCCUCAACUGUUCGAAAUAGCUUGUGGAUUGGAGUCUUCUGGAUGUUCCUUCAUCUGGGUCGUGCACAGGGAAUCCAAACAGAACAACGAAGAAGAAGAAGAAGCAGAAGAAAAGAAAACGUGGCUGCCGAAAGGGUUUGAAGGGAGGAUGAAGAAGGAAAACAGAGGGUUGAUCCUCAUGAAAUGGGCGCCACAGGAGUUGAUACUGAACCAUCCGGCGACCGGUGGGUUUCUGACGCAUUGCGGGUGGACGACAGUGACGGAGGCGGUGAGCGCCGGGGUUCCGAUGAUGACGUGGCCGGUAUUCGUCGAGCAGUUCUACAAUGAGAAGUUGAUAACGCAGGUGCACGGGUUUGGAGUGGAGGUUGGGGCAGAGGAAUGGAACUCCGGCCCUUAUGAUAGAAGGGACAAGGUGGUGAAUAAGAUGAAGAUAGAAAAUGCUGUGAGGAGGUUGAUGGACUGCGGAGAGGAAGGUGAGAAGGUGAGAAGGAAAGCCAUAGAGAUGAGAGAGAAAGCUGGAAAAGCUGUGGAAGAAGAUGGAUCCUCACAAAGGAAUUUGACGGCCCUGAUUGAAGAUCUUGAGCUUUUUUGCAAAUAAUGGAUAUAAUUAUUAAAGCUGGGAGAUCGGGACGUUGUUUUUAUAAUAUCUAUUAUUAGAAAGUCAACAAUUAGUGAUGUCUCUCAUAUGCAGUGAUAUCUGAGGAGAGUCAUCAAUGCAUUUUUUAAUGGCCAGGAUAUCACUUGAUUUUGUAGGGAAAAAUGAAUUAAUUGAAUAAAAUGG